AUGUCUGUGAUCAGCGCCCUGCCGUUUCUCAAGCCCAUCCACCUCAAACCUCCGCGGAGCUCCCCUGGGCGCCAGCGCAGGCACACUCUGCCCGCCAGCGAGUUCCGGUGCCUCACCCCCGAGGAUGCCAUCAGCGUGUUUGAAAUAGAGAGAGAAGGUAAGGCGCCAAUUCCUUUGUCUCCUACGUUUUCUGAACCGCCCUCCACCUCAUCCCCCAAAUAAAUAAAAGGCACUUCUGUACUUUAGAAGCACUGAGUUACUUGGAGUCCUUUAUUGAGGGCAGAGUAGGAGAGGAAAGAAAAGGCAGGAGGUGGAAGGGAAAACAUCCAAGCAAAUAGGUUACACAAGUGGCAGCCAGCUUGCUUAAUUUAACACCAAGCAAUUUAACACCAAGACACAGCAAGAGAGGGGCUGGAAUGUCAGCCUUCUUGUGCCUAUCAGGCAUGCGGCAUUAUGGGAAUCACCCAGAUAUGGCUUACAGCCCCCAAGUGGUUAGAGUGUUCAGUGUAAGAUUGAAUGCAGGAAGAAAGUCAAAAAUGGACGUGUACAGUGUGGGAAGAAUCACAUUCCUAAACUCUCAGGUGAAAGAGUAAUGGAAGCAUCGAGAUCAUUGAUAAACUGGAGCAUCAGUAGCACACUAAAGAUCAGUCAGAAGCAUUAGGGAAGUGGAGGCUGAGUGAAUGUGCUCCUUACAGGCCACCUACUCAAAAGCCUGACAGAUGGAAAUUAAUGUUUUCCACAUCUGAAUUUCAGUGGUAAGAUCUGAACACUGGUGGUUAAAUUCAGGUAUCUUUAUUCGUACUUGGGUGGCUAAACAAAUCCUGUUAUGGACAUUUUGAGUUUUGCAGCCAAAUUUGAAUAUUCUGGAACUGAGUUUAAAAACAAACAAACAAACAAAAAACAAAGGAAGACAAAGGAAAUAAAUGUAUUUGAAUAUGAUGGUGCACUAAGUGCUAGGUCAGACUGGCAGCUGCUGAGAGAGAAAUACUUGUUAGCAUCAAAGGUAUCCUAAUAAGACAAUAGAUUUAUCCCACUGAGGUAUGACUCCGCUCAUCCUGCAAUGGGAAGCUGAAGGUAGGCUACUGAAGUUUAUAAAAUAUGCCCGGCCUAGCUUAGAAUGGGCUUACCUUUCUCCUCUACCUGAUGAAGAAUUCUAAUAAAAGAUGCCACCAAUAAAUUUCACCACCAGUGGGAAGGGUUAACUAUUCUGUCUUGCCCACCCCCAGGAACCUCAGCUUUCACUUAUUGAACAGAAGCAAACAGAAGUCAAUUAGGAAUCAAAUUACCCUGAAAACUGCAGUCCACUAGAUUCAGGAAUUCAUUUCCAACCUUCCACCUAGUUCCAUUUUUGAACUUUUGUUCUCAGGGCAGGUUUAACAUGUCUCCAGCGACCAGGAAACUGCAGCCUGGAUCUAGACAGCAGCAUGACAUUAACCCUUCAACUCCUCUCUCUGUUGUCCUCUACAGCAUUCAUUUCGGUGUCGGGAGACUGCCCCCUCCACCUGGAUGAGAUUCGCCACUUUCUGAACUUGUGUCCGGAGCUGUCGCUCGGCUGGUUUGAAGAAGGCCGGCUUGUUGCUUUCAUUAUUGGCUCUCUCUGGGAUCAGGAACGACUCAGCCAGGUAGGAAAUGGAAAUCCUUUUAAAUGCAUCACUUUCCCAUUACGUAACUGACGGAGAGAGAACAUAGACAGGCUCCGGCGUAAAGACACAUCACCUUCUUAUACUGAUGGAGAGUACAAUGGUACCUUGGUUCUCAAACUUAAUCCAUCCUGGAAGUCUGUUCUAAAACCAAAGCGUUCCAAAACCAUGGCAUGCUUUCUCAUAGAAAGUAGUGCAAAAUGGAUUAAUCUGUUCCAGACUUUUAAAAACAACCCCUAAAACAGCAAAUUAACAUGAAUUUUAUUAUCUAACAAUACCAUUUCUGGGUUAGGGCUAGGGUUAAUUUUAGGAUUGGGUUAGGGGAAGGAUUAGAAUUAGGGUUAGGGUCAGUGUUGUUUUAUUUUUUGUGAUUUUGAUUCAUUUGCGGUGGGUUUGUUUUUUUCAAUUUGUUGUGUUGCUGCUUUUUCAUGAGUUGCAAGUUUGUUGGCUUUGUGGUUUUCUGGAUAGUUUCAGUUUUAAUUUAAAAUGCUCAGCUGUGGAACAUGAAGCCUCUGCUUCCCAGAAGAGAGAUCCCCAGCCCCGCUCCUGCUUGCACGCAAGUAGGAGUUGGAUGGGGCUGCUCAGCUGGGGAGGUGCAGGCCCCGUCACACUUUCCAUUGAGGGGUUCGCGGCUGUGGGCUCCUUUAAACUUCUCCGCUCAAGGGAGAAGUUUAAAGGAGCCCCCACGUCAGCAUCGAAGCCCAUGUACCACCUGAAGGCAGCCAAACAGAAUAGUUGCUGGGGUGGUGAAGGUGGAGGCAGCCCAGCAGCUGCAUCAGAGAACCCCUAAACCGCUGCUGAGGCAGCUGUUGGGCUGUCUCUGCAUUGCCACCAAUGCUCCUUUAAACUUCUUUAUUGAGGUGAAUGCAGCCACGCAUCCCUCAAUGGAAAAGUGUGACAGAGCCUACACCUCUCCAGGUGAGCAGCCCCAUCCAGCUCCUACUCCCAUGCAAGCAGGAGCUGGGGCACUCAGAACGGAAGUGUGGCACUGAAAAAGGAAGUGUAACACUCAAAACAGAACAGUUCGGAUUCCAAAAAAAAGCUCGUAAACCGGAACAUCUACUUCUGGGUUUGUGGCGUUCGAAUUCCAAGUUGUUUGUGAACUAAGCUGUUUGAAAACCGAGGUACCACUGUAGUAUAGGCUUCCUCAACCUCGGCCCUCCAGAUGUUUUGAGACUACAAUUCCCAUCAUCUCUGACCACUGGUCUUGCUAGCUAGGGAUCAUGGGAGUUGUAGGCCAACAACAUCUGGAGGGCCGAGGUUGAGGAAGCCUGCUGUAGUACAUAUGGCUUGGGAACUCUUCUCUUACUUUUCACAUGCUUUGGUGAAUGGGCUAGUAUCAUGCUUACCCCACACUUUAACAUCCCUUCACUCAGCUGCUGAAGUUCAUUCAGUUUUCACAAGCCAGUAUGCUGCCCCACUGUGGAACAAAUGUAAUGGCGCUCCAACAAAACAAUUUUUCAUUACCCAGCAGUGUCUGCUUUAAAAGCCAUCGUUGUUGUUAUAUUUAUACCCUGCCUUUUCCCUGAUGGGACUCAAGAGGAUUUGGGAUUUUUGCAGGCAUGAGCCAGUAUGGUACCUGUACAAACACACAAAUGCAUUAAUAAGAAACCACAUUAUUCUCCUUGAGAAGACUACUGAUCAGGAGUCUUGCCCUGGAGCAGCUCUAAGGCAGAUGCUGGAUUCAGUGUGAAACGAACAUUUCACUUUUUAACAUUCUGAAUACUGGAGAGGCUGCACAGCUCUCUUUAAAUUGGGAGUGGGUGAACCUGUGGCCCUCCUGUAGUUGUUGGACUCCAACUCCCAGCAGCCCCAGCCAGCAUGGCCAUGGGUUAGAAAUGAUGAGGCUUGCAGUCAAAAAUGCCAUAGGUUCCUCACUCCUGCUCUAAAUAUUAGAGCAUUUCAGCUCUUUCUCCCGCCGCAUGAAUCUCAUCACAUUAGCCUAAAUCAGGUCAAGUACAAUGUGAUUUGGAACCAGUGGCUUUCCCAAUGCAUGCCAGUCAAGAAACUAUUUGAUUCUUCAUCAUCAUCAUCCUAUAGAAGAAAGUUGUCCCUUGUCUACUAUAAGUAGUAGAGACAGUCUGCGCUAGGGUGUUAACAGUGGGUGGACCACAUCUCUUAACAACCAUCUUCUCUCUUUCUCCUCCCUCGGUAGGAUGCUCUGACCCUGCACAAGCCUCAUGGAUCCACAGUCCAUAUCCAUGUUCUGGCAGUCCACCGCACCUUCCGCCAGCAAGGCAAGGGCUCCAUCUUGAUGUGGCGCUACCUGCAGUACCUGUGCUGCCUGCCGUACGUGCGUCGAGCCACACUGAUGUGUGAGGAUUUUCUCGUCCCCUUCUACUCCAAGUGUGGCUUCAAGGCAUUGGGCCCCUGUGAGAUCACGGUGGGCUCUCUGACCUUCAUCGAGAUGGACUAUGCCGUUCGUGGCCAUGCCUUCAUGCGCAGAAACAGUGGUUGCUGA